GGGACACAUUGCUGUCAGAUUCAAGUCGGCUUUUUUCGUACGCUAAAAUGAGCAUUCCCGUGGUGGACUUUGGUGACUACAGCCUGGAUAAACAUGACGUUACCGACGAACGGCUGCAGGAACUGAGCCAAAUGCUGGGAGCAGCGUUUACAGACUUUGGUUUUGUGUUUUUAAAGAACACGGGGAUCACCCGGGAGGAGGUGGAAAAUGCUAUGGCUGUGGGUCUGAAGUUCUUCCUGCAGCCUGAUGACAUGAAGAAGCCGUUCUCCAGGGGGACUUUCCCCGUUGGUCCUAACCAUGGCUGGGUGUCAGCGGAGGCAGAGAGGUUAAAUCCUCUUCGACCUGGAGACCUGAAGGAAUCCUUCAACAUUUCAUCGCUUCAUCCUGACAUAAAAUGGCCGUUAUCUGUGUCCAAUUUCGAGAAAACCCAGGUAUCUUUCUUCCAGCGCUGUAAAGAGUUGAGUCUGCGGGUGCUGAGGGUCCUGGCACAAAGUGUUGGCGUGGACCCGGACGUGUUCCUGAAUGCACACAAGUCUAUAGGAACUUCUAAGAAUGGCUCAGCUCUGCGGUGUCUGUACUACUCACCAGUAAACAGUGACAAAGUAAAGGAGAACCAGGUGCGCUGUGGAGAACAUACUGACUAUGGCAGCCUCACACUCUUGUUCCAAAGCAGUGAAGGUCUACAGGUCCUCACCCAUUCUGGAGAAUUCAUCUCGGUUCCCUGUAUUCCCGACGCUGUUCUCGUCAACAUCGCUGACUUGAUGCAGCGUUGGACGAGUGAUCAGUUUGUCUCAGUGUGUUGCACAGGGUUGCUGCCCCCUGCUGGAGACUCUAGUACACGGCAGUCACUGGCUUUCUUUGCUCAGCCUGACGAUGAUGCAUUGAUAACGUGCUGCGAUGGCUCCAACAAAUACCCGCCAAUCAGGUCACGUGACCACUACAUGGAGCGAUACAGCGUUACAUAUGGAAAGUCCUAAAAUUAUUUUCGAGUUGUGUGAGUGAAGUGAGGUUAAGUGGAAGGUUUAAAAGGCAACAUGUUUUUAAUGUUUUAAUAUUAGAAUGUAGUUAUGUGUAAACAGCAAUGUCUAGUAAAGGAAAAAAAACAUUUACUUUAUUGUCCACAUUCAAACUAUGAACAUAACAGAUGUUAGAGCAAGUUUAAAAUUAAAGUACAAUAACAACAGACUGUACUGCUUCGUUUUAAAAUAAGGAAAGGAAGGAAAGUGAACGACUGGUCAUUGUGCUACUGCACACAACCAAAUGUGACCUCUGCUUUUAACCCAUCACCAAAGUCAACAGGGGGCAGCAUUACGCGCCCGGGGAGCAGUGUGU